GUUAAAUUUAAUCAAUUCAGUAACCUCUCUCUGCCACAAAAACUAGUGAUUUCCUUGGUCUAAUUAAUCAUCAUUCCCAUGGCUUUCCAAAAGUUUUGGAAUGCUUUCUUCUUCUACCUCUCAACCGCAUCAACAAUUUUCCAUACUCUCUUAUCUUUUUUCCUCAAAACCAACUGGGAUCUAGUGUUCUUCAAACUCCCAGAUACUCUUGUAGCUUUAUAUUUCAGGCUAUGUGGUCUCUCUCCUUGUACAGUCGACGUUGACGACCAAACCACAAUGCACUUCUGGACUGCCAACCACCGGCGGUUUGAUAAACCCGGUCUCGUUCUGGUUCACGGCUACGGAGGCAAUUCUCUAUGGCAGUUUGUGUGUCAUGUGGGUGCCUUGUCCAGGAACUUCAACUUGUACGUGCCGGAUUUGCUGUUCUUUGGGAAGUCUUACACGAACCGGUUGGACCGGAGCGAGGUAUUCCAAGCGAAAAGUGUUGUGGACGGGUUGAAGAGAUUGGGUGUGGACCGAUUAUCGGUUUACGGUCUGAGCUACGGUGGGUUUGUGGCGUAUCGGAUGGCUGAGAUGUAUCCGGAGACGGUGGAGAAGGUUGUGAUUGUGAGUAGUGGGGUAGUGUGGACGGAUGAACAGAAGGAUGAGCUGUUGAAGGUCGAAUCAGAUGCUUUGGAGAUUCUUUUGCCAAGAAGUCCACAUGAUCUACGGUUGUUAAUGAACCGGUCUUUGUACAAGUAUGAUGUUUUCAAGUGGGUUCCUGACUUUGUCCUCGGCAGACUCAUCAAAGCCAACGAUGAACACAGAAAGGAGAGAAUGGAGCUACUUGAACACUUGGUGGCCAAGAAACAAGAUUCAAACCUUCCUAUUCUAACUCAGGAAACGCUAAUAAUUUGGGGCGACAAAGAUAAAGUCUUCCCAUUGUUCUUGGCCCAUCAGUUGCAAAGGCAUUUGGGUUCCAAAUCAAAAUUAGAGAUAAUCAAGGACACAGGUCAUGCAGCAAACUUUGAUUCACCGGACACAAUCAAUGCAUUGAUAAAAUCAUUUGCUUUGGAUGGUUAUCCCCCCAAUAUUAUUGGAAUUCCGAUGGAGGUCAAAUGAAAAGGUCUCAUCGAAACAUGGUUUAUUGGUCACAGGCCAUACAGUUUAGAAUAUUCUAAACCGAAUACGUUGUUUAUAAAGUUGUCGUUGGAGUGAUUAUGCCAUACUCGGAGAUAUAUUUCCGUUUCAGUAUCUCACUCAUUUGGCUUUGUAAAAUUUCAUGUAUUGGUUGUGUGUUGGCUUGAGCUUAGGGUUUGGAACUAAUGCAAGGCAGGAGAAGCAUGAAUUUGCUGUUAUCCAUAAUUUCGGGAAAAUGUAUUUAUUGUAUCGACAACCAAACAAUAAGGUUUGGUAUUAUAAAGUAUUAAAUAUUAAUUGUUGGAA